AUGGCGGAGGCGGCUUCGCUUUGUCUCCGCGCGCAUGCUCAGAGCCCACGUGGGCCCAAAGGCCUUCCGGGCGGCGGCAAAGGGGGAACACGUUGCCCGCAGACAACAUGGCGGAGGCGGCUUCACUUUGUCUCCGCGCGCAUGCUCAGAGCCCACGUGGGCCCAAAGGCCUUCCGGGCGGCGGGCGGCGGGCGGCGGGCCCUGUGCGGGGACGAUGGCGGCUUCCGCAGCAGCCUGGCGAGCGUGGAGCCGGGCGGGGGCCGCGGGGACGCUCCCCCUGGCCGCGGGGAGUCCCAGAUCCACAGGACGUCCGUCCCACUAACGUGGCUGCGACUUAAAGCCCCUCUUGCCCCUCGUCAGCGUCCCCGUGAUGACCGUCACACUCUCUUAUCGAGGCUGGUGAUCCGGUGUCAGAGUACAGCUGCUAUAGCUGGUGCUCAGAUCAUCCAGCCCCCGGCCUCCCCGCCUGUGGAGAGCGUUAUCUCUGUGGGGGAUCUUGGCCAGGCUGUUCAAGAACUGAGCUUUGAGGAAUUGGGCCUCGGCUCCUACACGCCGGUGGGCUUAAUCCAGAACUUGCUGGAGUUCCUCCACGUGGACAUGGGGUUACCUUGGUGGGGAGCCAUCGUAGCAGGGACGGUGGCCGCACGGUGCCUGGUUUUCCCGCUCAUCGUGAAAGGCCAGCGUGAGGCCGUGAAGCUCAACAACCACAUGCCCCAGAUUAACGAGCUGACGAGCCGCAUGAACGAGGCCAAGCGCACCGGGAACAAGUUUGAAUUCUCAAAGGCAUACUCGGAUCUGACUCUCUACCAGAAAGCCCAUGACGUUAACCCACUGCGUGGGUUCCUUGUACCCCUCGUCCAGGCACCCAUUUUCAUUUCGUUCUUCAUCGCCCUGCGCAAGAUGGCCGAACUGCCCGUGCCCAGCUUGCAGACGGGAGGCUUGUGGUGGUUCACGGACCUCUCGGCCGCCGACCCUCUGUACAUCCUGCCCUUGACAGUGACGUUCACCAUGUGGGCCAUCUUGGAGCUAGGGGCGGAGUCAGGUGUGUCGAACCCAAACCUGAGGGUCAUGAAAACGGUUUUCCGGGUGAUGCCGGUCGUUAUCCUGCCUCUUACGAUCUCCUUCCCGACGGCCAUCUUCACCUACUGGAUGACCUCCAACCUGUUCUCGCUGGUGCAGGUGGCCGUUUUGCGCGUACCCACCGUCCGCACCCGCCUCCGCAUCCCGGAGCGGGUGCAGCACGACCCCUCGGUCCUUCCCGAACAGGAAGGCUUUCUGAAGAGCCUCAAGAAAGGAUGGAAGAAUGCUCAGAUGGUCCAGGAGAUGGAAGAGAGAGAAAGGCGCAUGAAGAACCACUUGGAUUUGGCAGCGAAGGGGCCGUUGCGCCAGACCUUUUCCCACAAUCCGCUGGAGCAGCAUGAGCCUCCCAAAACGAAACCCCCGCCACCAAAGAGACCCUGGCAGGAUACGUUGGGCUGAGCG